UUUACCAGCAUAGUCAUACCUUGACUUCUGACAGUGCAGUGUUCAGUGCACAGUGGCAAAAUGUUUUGGACUUGUGUGCUUGUAGUGUGUGUGUGCGGGGUAGCAAGGACUCAGGUCAUCCCUGGUAAGUCCAGGACCAACGAUGGUGAUUACAAUACUGUGAAUACGGAUGGAUCGUUCGAUUUUGGGUACACAAACAAAGACCGAGGUCAGAGCUACCACCUGUCCCACGGCAACGCGAACGGCGUGGUGGGAGGCAGGUUCGGAGCCCGAGACCCUGCUACUGACACCGUCAAGGAGACCGUCUACACUGCUGGGCCUAGGGGUUUUCGCGCAAAGGGCCCAAACGUGCACAGAAAGAUGGACCUGGACCAGCGCCCCCGGGGGCCCAUCGGCAACAAAGACGACCCUUACUUCGACCCCAACGAAGACCCCAGCUACGGCUUCAAGUUCGAAACCAGGACUUACUCAAAAAACGAGAAUGCAGACAGCAGGGGCGAUGUCAAAGGCCACUACUCCUUCGUCGACGACGUGGGCGAAAGACACGAUGUCUCGUACAUAGCCGGUCGAGACACAGGCUUUCACGUCUCUUCUGCGCACCCAGACAGCCCCAGCAUCAUCGGGUCUCCAUUCCACCGCGCGCCGCUGGUCAGGGGUGAGGCCAAGCCUCGUGGGAGGACUGCUGUGCAGAGGGGGCUUGAUGGAUCCUACAGAUUUAUAUCAGCUGGCCCAGACCAAAGAAGAACUGAGAGCAGUGAUUCACACGGAAACGUCAGGGGAUCCUACACGUUCUUAGAUGACAAAGGAGUUCAAAGAACUGUCAACUAUAUCGCUGGCCCAGGAAUUGGAUAUCGCAUAGUGAAGAACAGCAAGGACCCUUACAUCCCACCAUUCUUCCCGACGAUCCCUAGCGCGUAUGACCCAGACUUCGUGAAUGCGGCAGGCUCAACCAACUUCUCGCCUGAUGACAGCGGAACCGAUGAUGUGUUCAAAGGUCCGGAUGGCACAGCUGCGUCGGGACACGUAAAACCACCUCCCUUCCCAAGCAGCGACAAAGACAGGCCAAGUAGUAAACCCAGUUCUGAGCCCACAGGGCCUGCCCCUAGUGGUUCGGACACCUUCAGUGGUUCAGACAGCUUCGGUGGAUCCGAUAGUUUUAGCGGAUCAGACAGUUUCAAUGGGCCAGUCAGCCCUAGCGGGUCUAGUGAGGCCGAGCCUGAUAGUCCACCAGACACUGGGUAUCAAAGCCCUGCGUUCCCGCAAGGUAGUGGUACGGAUGAUAUAACGUACGUUGAUGAAGACAUCUCGAAUUUCGGAGGCGCCAAGCCAACAAAAGGACCAGGCAAACCAGGACGCCCGAGCAAGCCUUAUAGGCCGACGAAGAAGCCUUAUGUGCCACUUAAACCUUUCGAGACGAAUAAUAACGAUGACAACGGAGCGUUCGAUGCCGGGAAAGGCGAAAAUAACGGUCCCCAAUUCGCUAUAGGAUUUAACAUACACCACUCGAAACCUGGUACGACUAUAAUAAGAAACAUAGGUAGAGAUUAUUUCGGCGUGCCUCCGGGAGUGUCGGUUAGAGCACACGUGCAAAGCAUCGACCUAUAUCCCUUUGAUUCCAAGCCCAUAUCUCCCUCUGAAGCGCUAGAAAAGGACAAAACAUAAUGUUAGCCACGCUGUAACAUAAUUAAGUUAUUUGUCGACACUUACUGUAA